AUGGCUCAGAUCAAUUGCCUUGCACAGCAUUUCGUCUCCAAUUCAACCCAAUUUAUGACGGUGUUCUCUUCCGACUUAAGUCGAGCAAGAAUUACAGCUGAGGGAGUUUGCCGUGCACAGGUUUUACCCUCUGGUGAAAUACCCUUGCAACCGAUAUUGACUGGGAAUUUAAGAGAGAAAGAUUACGGAUCGAUGGAAGGCCGCUUUUGGAAAACCUCUCCUCCAUUGCCAAGGCCUCAAGACUGGGUAACGCCCGAGUCAAAAGCAUCAAUGAGAAAGAGGGUUGAAAACUUUUUCGACGAGCACCUGCUCCCACUACUGAUGUGUGACCCACACGGCCGACAAGAUAUCGCAAUCGUGGCCCACGGCAUUAUCCUCCAAGAGCUAUGGGCAUAUUUAAUGGAGAUCUCCAAUUCAGCGGUCACCAAAUCUGCUCUCGACUUUUGCGACACCAACUUGACUGCGCUUCAUAGAAAGCCUGUUUGGUCAAACACCGGCUACAUGACGAUACUUAUUACUCCCCACACAAUUGAAAGGACUCUGCUGCCUACUGCCAUGCCAUGCUUCACGCUUGUUGUUCUGGGCAUUGACGAUACAAAACAUCUUGCCAAUCUCCAUCGCACUAGGGGUGGGGUUGGAACUGCCGCACAUGACACGAAACAAAGAAAGAUCGAUCAAUUUUUCCGAUAA